AUGGCAGCAGACGCAGCUUCAGAAACCUCAAAGUUUCCUGCCGCUGAUGUUGAAAAAGAAUUACAUCCUGGCCACAACGAGAAGUUAGAAGUUGAUGGUGUGUCAUCUGGCAUUGUUACCUCAAGGGACCUCAUGAAAAAGGAAAUGGGAAGGAGGGAUCCCAUGCAGACACUCAAGACAACCAUCAUAGUUUCAGCAGCUAUUGUUGCUGUGGCUGGGGCUGUAUUUGCCAUUACCAGAAAAUUGAGAGAGAAGUGA